AUGUCGAAGCGAACCGCAUACGACCGUGAUGAGCUUGGUCACACCACAACCAAGCGCGCAAAGGAGGUGGACGAGAACCUGCCUUACCAUCAGCUGAAGGAAGCUCUAGGCGCGCAAGAAGAAAAAAACGAUGUCUCAAUGGUGGCCUGGUGGUGUCACCCGAAAGAUAUGCGUAUCCAGGACAACACUGCUCUUCACCAUGCUUCUGAGCUUACACAGAGCUCAAAGAAACCACUUGUUGGCUUGUACCUGCACUGUGCAGCAGACGAGUCGUGGCACGGUACAAGUCCAGCACGGAUGGACUUUAUGUGUGAGGGACUUGCUAUUAUUCAGAAGGAGCUGAAGGAACUCAACAUUCCGUUUGUGUUCCUAGAGUGCGAAGAUCGGAGGAAAAUUGUGCCAACCGCCGUGGACUGGAUGAAGGAGCACAAGGUGUCCCACGUGUUUAGCAAUUACGAGUACGAGAUCGAUGAAAUGCGACGCGACAUCAAGCUUGUGAAGCAGGUUGGGAAUGACGUCCAUGUCUCCAUAUACCACGAUCAGACGGUAGUCGAGCCAGGGACUAUGUUGACAGGGAGUGGCAAGCCGAUGAAGGUGUUUACACCUUACUUUGGCAAGUGGCUGGAUAUCGUCAAGGCAGAGCCGGAGCUUUUGGAUCUACGCCCUGACCCCAAAAAACAGAGCGACAAGAUUGCGAAAGAGCUCAAGGACCUCUUCGGUACAAAGCCUCCGCGACCGGGGAAAGACAAGCAGUUUAAGGACGAGGAGGAUAGGAAACGCAUCCGAAGGCUGUGGCCCGCUGGUCACAAAUCUGGCGUAAAGCGUAUGGUUGCGUUUUUAAAUCAGAUCAAGAACUACAAAGCCACACGAUCAAAUCCCGCCAAAGACUCGACAUCCCGCCUGAGCGCAUAUUUCUCCGCCGGCAUGUUUAGCGUACGCGAAGCCUUACAAAAGGUUAGCGACUACAACGGCGGUAGCAGCGACUUCACCGAAGGGCGCUCGAAGCCCGGAGUAUACAGCUGGGUGCGCGAGAUUGUAUUCCGCGAACUGUACCGACAGACCACGAUGACGACGCCGCACACCUCGAUGAACCUGCCGCAGAACCUCAAGUUCGACUUUGUACAAUGGGAAGACGACGAGGAGGGUUGGAAGAAGUGGUACAAGGGCACAACGGGUGAGCCGUUCAUCGAUGCGGGCAUGCGCCAGCUGAACCACGAGGCAUAUAUGCACAAUCGUCUGCGCAUGAAUGUGUCUUCGUACUUGUACUGCAAUUUGCUCCUCGACUAUCGUCGCGGCGAGCGUUACUUCGCUGAGACGUUGAUCGACUGGGACUUGAGCAACAACACGCAAGGCUGGGAGCCUAGCUAUACUGUGUUCAACCCUGUCAGUCAGGCGGAGCGCAACGACCCUGAUGGCGACUACAUUCGCAAGUGGGUUCCUGAGCUGAAGGACGUGAAGGGCAAGGCGAUUUUCGCACCCUAUGAGAGGCUCAGUAAGGAGGAGUUUGAGAAAUUAGGGUACCCGAAGCCGCAUGUCAACUGGAAACAGACGAAGCAGAGGUGCAUGGAAAGGUUCAAGAAUGAUAUGUCUGGUGUUGAGCCUUGA